AUGGGGCCUAGUCCUGCCUGGAAGCCCGGGAAAAUUAGGGAGCAAGCCUGGGCAAGCGUCCUUCUGGGCAGGCAAAUGUUGCAGAGUGACAGAAGUGACAGAUUGCAGCCAUCCAGGGCUGGAAACAGUUGGAAACAGCAAAAGAUCUUCAUCGCUCGCCAAAACAUCUCGCAGCAGCCAGUAGGGCUCGCCUUCCAAGCGAUGUCAAUCAUUGUCAGCUCAAUUGCCAAGCCGUGUCAAGCGCAAAGACCUCCCCAGUGUCACUAUCCAAGCACCACAGCCAGCCCCGGAACUCGGAAAAUUUACGGAGUUCUUACUAUGCGUAAGGCCUCAGGCCAAUCGGGUUGCUGGCUUGUGGCAACGCUGCCUUUCUUAACUACUCACCGGUUAUUUAAUGCUACUGCUUUCGAGUGGCUUGCAGAUUUCCUUCUGCUCCAAAUCCUCUGGAUGAGCUCGCACCUGAGAGCCCAGUCACCGCCCCUUGCAUCUGCCCUCUUCAAUUGGGCGCGAAAUUUCCCCAUCCUGAAGUUCUCCCCAGCAUUUUUUCCAGCAUGGCGGGGGUGUCCGAUGGACCGCCACCCCUGUCACAUCUCUAGGCCUGAUGACUGGGUUGUAGCAACGUGGAGAAUUCCGGCAACACUGUUUGAAAUACAUUAUUCGCUCUCUUCUGGUCUGUACCACAAAGGAGACAGGACGAAAAGCUCCUCCUGGGGGGUUGUGUGUUCCAAAGGCCACGAGGCAGUUCUGUCCCACCACCCCCAGCCGGAGCCUGGCCUCAAUCCAACCAAGUUCGAAACCAUUGCAGCCCAGUUUUCCAAUCCCCCUACCGGUUCCUCGUGGAUUGGUGGUGCCUUGUUUUUUAUCCCUUCCACUUCCGCCGGCUUCAAGCCUUGUAGUCGAUCUUUAACUAAUGAUGCGGGAGUUCCACCGAUAUCGGAUUGGCCGUUGUCAUCCUUGAGGAAACCCCCAUUGGAAUUGGCGAAUUUUCUUUUCUUUUUGUUCUUCUCACAAUGGUUCAGAUUUGGCAUCACAGAGGUCGUGAACAUCGAUCAACUAUUCCGGACGCCCCGUCUCAAGACACCUGCAGUGCCCUCGUACUCCUUCGCAAAUGAUGUAGUCAUGUGUUUUUGCCGACCAUCAAGCUUCAUAGCUUCAUUAAUCCCAUCCCUUAAAUCUCAUGGCCGAGUUGGUGGUGGUGGUGGUGACAUUAGCGUUUGCACUCUGCUAGGGAGGAUAAAAUUUGCGUUUGCGCUGAAGCAAUUGCCUGCGCUCUCGAGUGCGAGGAUUCAGAUUUUGCUAGUGUCGAUAAUCUAG